AUGCUACUCCGAACCAAACUGCGGCCUAGGGUGUUGCGGCUUACAGCCUAUCGCCCGACCCGUUUCAAGUCCGAAAUCCCGUUCAUUCGCAUUCAAGAUGGAACUUUUUACAAGAAGUAUCCAACCGCCGAAGACCCGUCCAAUCCACCUCUAUUCCCGAACCUGAACUUCACUCUACCCGCUAUUCGCGCUCCCGGCUCAACCAAGGCGGCACCUUUGCAGCACUGGGCUGUCAUUGGUCCAUCUGACCGAACCGACUUCCUCAAUAUCCUCCGCGGCGAACACAUCUGUAUUCCGCCAAACGCACGUUCAUAUCCAUACCUCCUCACAGACGAGAUCGCUGCCAAGGACCCACGGUUACGUGUUGUGGAAAAUGCCGUCCAAUAUGUUGGAUUCAGUGGUGAGGGCUCGGGGGCUAUUGGGGGAGUCCGUGGCGCAUACCUCAGUGCUCGCUACGAGAGUUAUCGGGAGGAAACCGAUUGGACCCUGCUGCAAUACUUGCGUGGCCAAACUUCCCUGAACCCAAUGGAAGGCGAGGAAGAAGGCACGUUACAUGAUGAGGAUUUUCUCCGACGGACCGUUCGCAGUCUUGAACUAGGAAAUCUGCUCACCCUGCCAGUCUCGAGUCUGAGCAAUGGUCAAACCCGUCGAGCGCGAAUUGCAAAGGCGAUUCUAAGCAAACCAGAGUUACUACUUCUUGACGAGCCAUUCAUGGGAUUGGACCCGGUGGCAGUGAGAAAGAUCUCUAAACUUCUUCAUCAGCUAGCGAAGAAACACGCCCCACGGCUUGUUCUGGCUCUGCGCCCCCAGGACAAGGUGCCGGAGUGGAUCACACACAUUAUGGUUGUGGGUAAUUCCCAUAAGGUUCUCUUGCAAGGGCCGAGGCUGGUUAUCGAGGACACACUCAAUGUCUGGAGCUACGUUGCAAAUAAGUCUAAGCCGGACUCUCUGCCCGAAGAGCAAACACAAAUAUUGAAGAAAUGUAAAGCAGACUUGAAGGCUGGUGUCUUAGACCAAGAACUGCUUACGGAUUUGGUGGCGCAUACGACUGCUAUAAAGUCCUCAGAAGUACAGGCGCCAUUGGGCGGAGAGCCAGUCAUUGAUAUGGAAGGAGUUCAUGUCCAGUAUGGGGACAAGGUAGUACUCGGUGAUUGGCAGCAGAACGUGAAUGGUGAAAUUAAGGAUGGGCUCCACUGGCGAGUUCGUCGGGGGCAACGCUGGGCGAUCCUCGGUCCCAAUGGCUCAGGCAAGACAACCUUACUAUCAAUGAUUACAUCCGACCAUCCGCAGGCGUAUGGGCAGCCUGUCAAACAUUUCGGUCGAUCCAGGCUUCCGGAACCUGGCAAACCAGGGAUUUCAAUCUUUGAACUGCAGUCCCGCAUUGGACACUCAUCACCGGAGAUCCAUGCAUUCUUCCCGCGUCAAUUAUCAAUCCGCGAAGCGCUUGAGACUGCCUUCGCCGAGACCUUCCUAUCAAAGCCGAAGCUGAACAUUGAAAGAGAUCAAGACAUAUCUGCAGCCCUGCAUUUCUUCAAGCCCCAGCUCGAUCCAAACUACGUCACGAGCGAGGUGCCAAAAAUAUCGACUGCUGGCCUACCGCCCAUGACGAAACGGACUCACGUCAGGCUCGAAACAUAUGCAUUAAUGGAUCACGUUGUUGGGUACGCGGAUGAAAUUCUCUUCAGUGAGCUCACCACCGCGCAACAACGUAUUGUGCUUUUCCUCCGGGCAAUUGUCGCCAAGCCGGACAUUGUUAUCCUCGACGAAGCUUUCUCAGGUCUAUCUGCAGCACAGCGUAACAGGUGCUUGCAAUUCUUGGAAAUUGGCGAGAGACCUAAACGCCGUGCCCUUAAUGCCCAACCCCGUUCUCUAACGGAGUCGAAAUUCCGGUGGACUGGUCUCUCGGAGGAUCAAGCCUUGAUCAUGACUAGUCAUGUGGCUGAGGAGAUUCCUGACAGCGUCCGCUACUACAUGCGACUGCCGUCUCCUGCAGGCACGGUCGAUGCACUUGAUUUCCGCUUUGGCAUUCUACAAUCUAAAACUACUCUCAGACAACCUCAGACCUGGGAGGCGGCCUGGUCCCCUCCAGAGGAGUUCACCAAACAUGCCCGCAGGACGUGGCGCCGCAAGCAACAUACUUUGCCGGUACAGGAUAUGACUGAAUUCGAAUGGUGGUCGAUUUAG